UGUCAGCUGUUGUUUGUUUUGAUUUGUCUUCACCUAUUAUUUAUUUGUGUAUAAAAUGGACAAAUAAUAAUAUAUUAUCUUAAAUAAUAAUAAAGAGGAAAGACAUAUUAAAUGCUUACUUAGGUAAUAUGAGCAUAAAUCAAUAAAUCACAAUGAUGUCUUUACCAAAAUGCAUCUAUUCUGGCCAUGUUCAAAGAGGUACCAGAUAUUUCAAAAGGGCACUUUCUGCAGCUUCUGAUCCAGACUCUACCUCAUCUGAAAGUAAUGUCCCGCCACCCACUCAGGCCAAAGUAGUAAUAUGUGGAGGAGGUAUAAUGGGGGCAUCUGUGGCCUACCAUUUAGCCAAAAUGGGCUGGGGGCCACAGACUGUACUUAUUGAACAGAGCCGUAUGGGUGGUGGGACAACAUGGCACUCAUCAGGUCUAAUGGGAGUUUUCAAACCAAGCAUAUCCCAAGUCACUCUUACAAAGGCUAGUGUGGCCCUUUAUAAAGAACUACAAAGUAAAGGAUUGCCUACAGGAUGGAAGCAAUGCGGCAGUCUGAAUAUUGCUCGAACCAGGGAUAGAUUGGUCACUUUUAGAAGGAUGAAGGCCCAGUCUGUAGCGUGGAAAAUAGAUUGUGAGGUUUUAACACCUGAUCAGUGUCAGGCUAAAUGUCCACUGCUUAAUGUGGAUGAUUUGUAUGGGGGUCUUUGGAUACCAGGAGAUGGGGUAGCUGAUCCAUAUGAUACCUGUAUGUCAUUAAUAACUGAGGCUAAGAAUAUGGGUGUUACGUUGGUUGAAAACUGCCGCCUAACAAAAGUAAAGCAAACUAAUGGCACAGUUUCGUCAGUAGAAACUGAAUUAGGACCAGUAGACUGUGAAUAUUUUGUAAACUGCGCAGGUUUUUGGGCCAGAGGUAUAGGACAACUCUCGGAACCGUAUGUUAAAGUGCCUUUACAUGCAGUGGAACAUUAUUAUCUGCAUACUAAGCCUAUACCUGGCUUAGAUCCUAUGACUCCAGUGGUAAGGGAUCAAGAUGGUCAUGUCUACUUUAGAGAGAACAAUGGUAAAUUACUAGCGGGUGGAUUUGAGCCCAUUGCAAAGCCAGCGUAUGAAGAUGGUAAAAUUCCAGUAAGUUCUAAAGACCGUCAAUUGCCAGAAGAUUGGGAUCAUUUUCACGUUUUAUUAGAACAGUUACUUCAUAGGGUACCAACCUUGGGAAGUGCUGUUUUAGAUAAACUUUGUAACGGUCCUGAAGCUUUCAGCCCUGAUUGCAAAUGGAUUGUUGGCGAAGCCCCAGAGAUAAGAAAUUAUUUAAUAGCAGCUGGAAUGAAAACUGUGGGGAUUUCAGCUGCCGGUGGUGUAGGGAAGGCCACCGCAGAACUGAUCAUCAACGGAGAGACUGAUUUUGAUAUGUACGAACUGGAGGUAUCCCGAUUUUUGGGUCUUCAUAAUAAUAGAAAAUUUUUAAGGGAUAGAGUUAAAGAAGUGCCUGGUCUUCACUAUGGCAUGAAUUAUCCAUUUUACGAGUUUCAAACUGGUAGAAACCUAAGGAUGUCUCCGGUUUAUCCAAAACUAAGAGAGGCUGGCGCUGUGUUUGGGCAAGUUAUGGGGUAUGAAAGGCCUACUUGGUUUGAUCCAGAACAUAUGGGUGAACAAGAAGCCUAUGACUGGUCAGUACCUUAUAGAAUAGCUUAUACAAAUACAUUUGGAAAGCCACCGUGGUUUGAUUUUGUUGCAAGAGAAUAUGCUGCUUGUAGAGAAACGGUCGGAAUAAGCGAUUAUAGCUCAUUUACUAAAAUCGAUCUUUGGUCUAAAGGAAACGAAGUUGUCGAUGCUCUCCAGUUUGUUUGUUCGAAUGACGUCGACGUACCUGUGGGCAGCAUCAUUCAUACUGGCAUGCAAAACAGAAGAGGCGGGUAUGAAAACGAUUGUUCUUUGGCAAGGCUGUCUGAGAAUCACUACAUGAUGAUAGCACCCACCAUCCAGCAAACCCGUUGCAAAGUGUGGCUACAAAAACACUUACCUCCAACAGUAGCUAUCUCCGAUGUAACCAGUAUGUUUACGGCUUUAUGCAUAAUGGGUCCAUUCACUAGAAUCUUAUUAUCCGAACUUACUGAUACGGACCUGAAUCCUAAGAAUUUUCCAUUUUUCACUUAUAAAAUGUUAGACGUUGGCCUGGCUAAUGGAAUAAGAACCAUGAAUUUAACUCACACUGGAGAGCUGGGAUAUGUCUUAUACAUUCCCAAUGAGUUUGCUCUUCACGUUUAUUCAAGCCUAAUUAACGCUGGAGAAAAAUAUGGUAUUACACACGCUGGUUAUUAUGCCACUAGGGCUUUAAGGGUCGAAAAAUUCUAUGCUUUUUGGGGUCAAGAUUUAGAUACUACUACGACACCAUUGGAAUGCGGAAGGGUGUGGAGAGUGAAAUUUGAUAAAAAAAUGGACUUUAUUGGUAGAGACGCUCUUAUACAACAGCGGGAUAAAGGGGUGACCAGAAUGUAUAUUCAACUACUGCUUGAUGACCAUGACAUGGAGACGGAUCUGUGGCCAUGGGGUGGAGAACCCAUCUACAGAAAUGGUAAACAAGUUGGAAUUUGUACUACUACUGGAUAUGGAUUCACUUUUAAGAAACAGGUUUGUCUUGGAUUUGUCGAAAAUGUUGAUGAAAAAGGCGAAAAACAAAAAGUCGACCACGAUUUUAUAAACACUGGUCACUUUGAAGUCGAUGUAGGAGGAAUAAAGUACCAUGCUAAAGCCAACAUCCACUCUCCAAUUCUACCGUCUAAAUUCCCCGAUCAUGAACGUGACGUGUACAGAGCAACUAGGAUAAAACCAGAGGAGCAACAAAACCAGAUUGUGAAAGCUAUUUAAACUUCCGUAAAAUGUGUUCUAAAAAAAAUAGAAAACGAGAGACUGUAACGAAUUUGUAAUAUUAUCUGUUGUAUGAUUUUUUUGUUUAAUAUAAUUUCGAUCGUUAUUAGAAUGAUGA